GUGGUGUGGUCCCUGUAAGAUCCUAGGCCCGCGGUUAGAGAAGAUGGUGGCCAAGCAACACGGGAAGGUGGUGAUGGCCAAGGUGGACAUUGAUGACCACACGGACCUUGCCAUCGAGUACGAGGUGUCAGCUGUGCCUACAGUGCUGGCCAUCAAGAAUGGGGAUGUGGUGGACAAGUUUGUGGGCAUCAAGGAUGAGGACCAGCUGGAAGCCUUCCUGAAGAAGCUGAUUGGCUGACAAGCAGGAAAGAGUCCUGGCUGCCCUUGCUUUCUGGAGCCUCUUUGGGGAGGAGCCUAGUAGAACUCUCAGCCCUGAGCUAUUAUCCUUCCUGCCCUGCUCCCUCUGUUUUGUCCCUGUGGGUCCAGCCUUUGGCAAAAGCCGGCCUUUGGCAGCAGACCUCCAAACCUAGAAGCCACUGAUGCUUCAGAGCCAGCCCUCAGCCAGGGUGGCAUGCAGAGAAACAGUGCUGCCGCUGGUGUGGGGGCUUCCUGUGCACCUCCUACUGUCUGCUCCUUCUAGGGCCCAUCACUGUUCCCCUAGAUACUGGAAGAGCCUGGGCCAGUCUGUAGCCUGACUGCAGGCUCAGUCCUCAUCCACAAGGUCCUCUGAGGCAGGAACCACCAGCCCUACCCUCCUGCCUCCAGCACUUUCCUCUCCUGCCAGUUUGAAAAGAAAAGGAAACCAGAGGCUGAACAAGUGAGAGUAAUGUAUACUUCUCUCAUUUUUUGUAGGUCUAUAAUAAAGAACUUUAUGUGACCCUUCUACCUCUUGCUAUGAAGAACUGAGCCCACCCUACACCUUAUAGCUGUCCAUUCUCUCCCUUGUCCCCGCCCUGGGUUAUCUGGGCCUUGAUUCUGGUUCCCUGAGCAGGAGGAGGAGCUGUGAACAAGUCAGACCAAUAAAACCAGGUUUGCACUGCCA